CACUUGCCAUCUGUGUUCUCCGUGACAGUCCAGUUCAAGUUGCUAGGGACUAACGAGACCAGAGCCGGGUUUCAUUUCGACCAGCGCUCUCGCCGACCCAGCAAAGUCGUCCCAACUUAGCUAUGCUUCCCCUACAUACCCGACAGCUCACCGGAGGCCCUAGGAAACAGCACAUUCUAUCUUCGCAAAGUCUCAAAGUCCUCUACCGUCGACCUGCGCUGCGCUGCCUUCCCUAUAUCUUCGUCUCACUCGUAUUGGUGUACAUAUUCGCGACCCAUGUCCUCGAUCGCGCUCCGCGUUUGAUCGAGUACUCUCCGAAACGAGUGACCGUGUCCAACAAUAGUGUGGUAUACGACGAGCCUUCCGUGACGUCUCAAGUGCUUGCGGCCCGUGCACAAAAGAUCAAGGAUGCGUAUGUGCAUGCGUACUCGGGUUAUCGACGGGACGCGUGGGGAUACGACGAGCUGAAGCCGCUCACGGAAACCCAUGUCAACAAUUUCAAUGGGUGGGGAGUCUCUGUCAUCGACUCAUUGGACACGAUGUGGAUCAUGGGCCUCCACGACUUCUUUGAAGAGGGUAUCACCUGGGUCAAAGACUUGACAUUUGACAUUCCGACGGGAGAGUUUGUCCCUUUCUUCGAGACCAUCAUCCGCUAUCUCGGUGGAAUGCUCUCCGCGCACGCUCUUUCCGAUGAACCCAUCCUGCUGACCAAGGCCAGCGAGCUGGGAAUGAUGCUUAUGCCUGCAUUCAACACUCCUUCAGGUCUACCGAUGUAUGCUGUAAACCCGCAGACCGGAGAUGUUCGCAAAGGUUGGACCGGAUCUGUGCUAUGGGCAGAAGCUCUGAGCAAUCAAAUGGAAUACAAAUAUCUGGCACACCUCACUAAUCGCCCGGACUUUUACGACAAGACUGAGAAAAUCAUGGAUCUCAUGUACCGGAGCACGAUAGACAAAGGGCAGUUUCCUACGCAAUGGGAUUCUAUCACUGGCAAACCCACCAACAACCAAUUCUCCGUGGGUGCAUAUGCUGACAGUGCCCACGAAUAUCUUUUGAAGCAAUGGCUUCUCACGAGUCAGUCUGAGCCCAAGGCCAGGACAAUGUACCUAGAUGCUGUUCAGGCAAUCAUCGACAACUUGCUCUAUCUGACACCGAACCGAGAGCUCUUGUAUGUGACCGAUACCAACGGUGGCGUCCCCAGCUGGAAGUUCGAGCAUCUUUCGUGUUUUCUCCCGGGAAUGCUUGCCCUCGGUGUUCACACUCUCGAUCUCCCGCACGAAACCAAGGAAUUGCAUUCAUGGGCUGCUGACGGUAUCGCCACCACGUGCUGGCUGUCGUACGCGGACCAGGCCAGUGGGCUUGGGCCUGACGAGAUGAUUAUGGAUCACCCGCAGUCUGGCUACCAGUCGCUCAAGUGGACGACGCGCCUGGCAAGCUGGAAGGCAGAAGGAAAGCCGGGUGGAUCGCCGCCUGGUCUUGGUCCCAAAGCCCCGGCACGAAAGGCGAGGGAUUAUGUUAUUGACAAGUCAGCGUACUUGCUGCGGCCCGAAACGCUGGAGAGCUUCUACAUUCUCUGGAGAACCACUGGCGCUGAGGUUUGGAGAGAUCGUGGAUGGUCUAUCUUCGAAGCCAUCGAGAAACACGCGAGACUCAAGACAGGUUAUGCGAGUGUUCAGCAUGUUGAUAAGAUUCCAGUCAGCCAUUUGGAUGAAAUGCCCAGCUUCUUCCUUGCGGAAACGCUCAAAUACUUAUAUCUCAUGUUUGUUGGUCAAGACAUCGUGCCUCUGAGCCAAUGGGUCUUCAAUACCGAAGCUCACCCGCUGCCCAUAUUCGAAUGGUCGUCGCGAGAACGGUCGAUGUACAGGAUACCACCCGAAGCUCAUCUUUCUAGCAACUCAAGCACCCCUUGAUCCGAUUGUAGCAAUAUCCUCCAUGUAGCAUACAUUUAUCUCAUCCUCAAUGCAUCACUGCUAGAUCUA